AUGGUAUGGGUUAGAUUUCCUGGAUUGGGAUUAGAAUUCUGGGAUGAAAAAAUAUUGUUUACAAUAUGUAAGGAAAUUGGAACUCCACUCAAGAUUGAUAAUGCUACAGCUAGAUGUGAGGAUGUGAUGAUUCCAUAUUGUCCAAAAUAUUGCUCAUCAUGUAAGAUUGUGGGACAUUUGAACUCUGAAUGCAAAUUUAAGAAAAACACAGUGCAAGAAAAACCAGUGGAAACUGUAGAAAGUGUUCCUAAAAAUGAUCAAAGAAGGGAGCCACAAGUAUCUUUUGAUAUUUGUAACCCUAUCUUAUCUGAAGAUUCAGUGGUAGAUUCAAUUAAGGAUGUUGUUCAAACCAGUUCUUCUAAUGUAGAAAGUAUUUCACAAGGGAACAAAUCCAGUGCUCUGGAAAAUGUUCCUCAAGAAGAGGUACUUGAGGAGGUAAUUAUGGAAACUCCUAAGAUUGUGAAAGUUGUUGAAGCAAAUACCCUGAAUAACAGUACUUUCAAAUUUAUUAACGGUACCAAUGGUAAAGUUGAAGAGGUUCCAAUACAAGUUACUUCUUGGUAUAAAGUAGUUGAGAAGAAAAUGGUUACAUCUACUUCAACUAGUACUUCUGCUUCAGUUAAAGUUCAUAAAAGUCCUAAUGCUUCUUCAAAGGUAAGUGGUCAGAUUCCACAAAACAAUAAGUAUAAUUUUAGAAAACAACCUGGUAAAGGGGGAACUAAGGAUCCCCAUCUUAAACAAUGA